UAAAUAAUCAGUUCAUGCUUUCGGAAAAAAUAAGAAUGUGAUUAAAAGGAAAAUGUCAUUAUCUCGGAUGGUAUUCAGAUUAUUUAAAACAGCAGCUUUCAAGAAAAAUUCGAAAUUUGUAAUUGACAAUUCACAGCCUAGUUUGUUUGGUAACAUUCGCAUGAUGAGUUCUCAAGCAACUAACUUCCAAGAUGCAAUGAAAAGAGUUAAAACUCUGAAAGCUGAUCCCGGAAACGACGUGAAAUUAAAGCUAUAUUCAUUAUUUAAACAGGCUACAGAAGGGCAAUGUUCUGCUUCUAAACCGUCAGCAUUUGAUUUUGUUGGUAAAGCUAAAUGGGAUGCUUGGAAUUCUUUGGGAGCAAUGUCUCAGGAUGAAGCGAAAGAAAAAUAUAUUUCUCUUGUUGAUGAACUUUGUGGAGUGGAACAGAGUGAUAAAACUGAUAGUGAAAAAAAGAAUAGUAAAUAUGAUGGACUUCUGUAUAAUGUGUCUACUGAUAUUACUAAUAUUACAUUCAACCGCCCUGAUAAAAGAAAUGCAAUUACAGUGCAAAUGUACAAGGAUAUUAUGUCAGCAUUGAAGGAUGCAGGUGAAAAUGACACAGCAGUUACAAUACUUUCUGGUCAAGGGGAUUACUUCAGUAGUGGAAACGACUUAAGCAACUUCGCAAAUAUUUCUGGUGAUUUAACAGCGGCUGCAAAAAAUGCUGCAGACAUGUUGCAAGAUUUUGUAGCUGCAUUUAUUGAUUUUCCUAAAAUUCUUGUGGCAGCUGUAAAUGGUCCUGCUGUUGGUAUUCCUGUAACAAUUCUUGGUUUAUGUGAUGUUGUGUAUGCUUCUGAUAAGGCUACAUUUCAGACACCAUUUAGUCUCCUUGGGCAAUCACCAGAAGGUUGUUCAACUUACACUUUUCCCAAAAUAAUGGGGUAUUCUAAGGCAAAUGAACUUUUAUUCUUCAACAAGAAAAUAAGUGCUCUAGAAGCAAAAGAAGUUGGUUUAGUUUCAGAAAUAUUCAAGCAUGAAACAUUUAUGGAAGAUGUCCAAAAACAACUCUCCUUCCUUCCAUCAGCCUCAAAACAGUCUAUGAUAUUUUCUAAAGCAUUAUCACGGGGGCUAGAAAAAGCAACUUUGCAUCAAGUAAACAAGAUGGAAUGUGAGAGACUUGUUGAAAGAUGGCAGUCGCCUGAUUGUAUGGAAGCACUUAUGAAAUUCUUUCAAAGGAAGGCAAAAUUAUAAUUUAAAUAUUGGAUUUUUUUUAUGAAAUAUUUUUCUAACGAAUGUAUGUUUGUUGAUGAUCCAAUUUUAUUUCUUACUUCGUGUUUAGGAGAUGAAAUCUAACCUAUUUUUUUAUUUAACCACCAAGACUGACAUUUUUACCUUUUUAUAUUUUAAUGCUGUUUUAUGAAA